AUGGAUCCAAACGUAUUUGACGAUUCGAGCUCAAUCGCGCAAAUCUCCAGCCUGAAUAAAGGACAGGCAAUGCAACAGGUCGAUAGUUUAUAGUGAGUUUGUUAGACCUAAUUUUAACUUCAAAAAGUGACAAUUCCAGCAACCUAAACGUUUUUCUCAAUGAAAUGGAGGAGUCCUUCAAACGGACAGCCACAGCUACUGUUCCAGCUCAGAAAAACGACCCGGAGAUGGCACUUUCUCAGUAAGCUCCUAAUAAUAUUUCUGUGCUUUCAGUAACUUAAGAACUUUCAGACCGGCAUUUCAGCCGAACAACACGAGCACGAGACGGUAUCGCCGUAAAACCAUGGAACAGAGACAACUUCUCAAAACAUUCUUCAAAGUGCUGAAUGGGGAACGUCAAACUCCUCAGUUCUUCGAGUUUCUCGCCAAACAGAUCGGUCUAACAUGCCAAGAGGUACGAGAGUUGUUCAUACACAAACGCAUCGAGUACUAUGUGUUCUGUUUCAGGUCCGCAAGUACUGGAACGUUUCAAGAUACACACAAAGGCUCACUCCGAAACAUCUGAAAAAGGAAUCUGGCGUGAAGAAGUAG